AUGGAUAAACAUGGCUACAUUCGAGUUAUGGCACUAUACUGCUUGUUUUUUAUGGCUCUGAUAGCGACGAACCAUGCGGCUGUAGUCAAUGUAAAAACUAAAGGUGCCAAGGGUGAUGGUGCAACCGAUGAUGGCCCGGCGAUAACGAGCGCAUGGAAAGAAGCCUGUGCAGGUGCACCACCAAGCCAGUUGGUGAUUCCACCAGGAACUUAUAUGGCACUUGUUGUUGAUUUUAUUGGUCCAUGCAAGGGUCCGAUUGAGAUUGUUGCUAGAGGAGCCACCAUAAAGGCGCCACCGGAGCUUGCAAAGUUCACAAGAGACACUUGGAUCAAGUUCAUGAGUGUUGAUAAGUUGACCCUGAGUGGUGGUACUUUCGAUGGCCAAGGUCAAGCAACAUGGAAGGCUACAAAAUGCCAGGAUUCACAAUCUUCAUGCAAUAUACCAGUUAAUCUCAGACUGAAUAAAAUCACCAAUUCAGUGAUUAGAGACGUGACAUCUCUCAAUAGCAAAAACUUCCACAUAGCUGUAUUGGCUAGCGACAACAACCGGUUCGAAAACAUUGUCAUUGACGCGCCUGGAAACAGUGUCAACACAGAUGGUAUGCAUAUCGCUAAGUUAAACGGGCUCAACGUCACAAACGCGAGGAUAAAGACAGGCGACGAUUGUAUAUCUUUUGGAGAUGGAAGCAAGAAUGUCCAUGUCCAGCAAUCGACGUGCGGACCAGGACAUGGGUUCGGUGUUGGAAGUUUGGGCAAAUACCCAAAUGAAGAAGCAGUGCAAGGAAUCUUUUUCAGAAACUGCACAUUGACUGGCACCACUAAUGGAGUUAGGAUCAAAAGUUGGCCUGCUUCUUACCCUGGAGCCGCUACCGAUAUCCAUUUUGAAGAUAUCAUCAUGAACGGUGUGCAAAAUCCCAUAUUGGUCGAUCAAGAAUAUUGUCCAAAUAAUCAAUGCAAGAAAGGUGUUCCAUCAAAAGUGAAGUUGACAAAUGUGAGUUUUAGGAAGAUCAGGGGAACAUCCGCAACAAAGGUGGCAGUGAAGAUUGCUUGCAGCCCAGGGGUACCAUGCGAAAACGUAGAGGUGGCUGAUAUCAACUUGACAUUCAAUGGAGGAGCCACCUCUGAGUGUUCUAAUGCCAAGCCUAAAGUUGUUGGUCAAAAUGUCCCUAAAAUUUGUUAA